GUCACGUGAUCUCCAUGGCAACCGGCGAGUGUCAUCAGCAGCGCUGUGGGAGAAGCUUCUUCAGUGCAGCUCUGCUCCAAAUUCACUGGCACACUUUGAAACUACUCUUCUGUCUGAUUUCUGUUUUUAUCGCACAUUAUCCCGGACGUCUUUUCUUUCUUUUUUUUUCUCCCAGCGAGGACCGAGCAGAGUCCACGGCCACUCAUACCUCAAACACUGGUGGGGUUUUAAAGAGAGAGUGCGAGCUGAAAAACAUGAGUCACCUCAACCCGGGACUCAUCUCAGCCUACAAUAGUCUCACAGACAAGCACCUGGCUGGUUACUUCAGCAACACUCGGAUCAGGAGACACCUGCAUAGAGCAGGACUGAUCACCAGGAGCGGCCGUAUUGUUCCAGACAAGGAGUACAGACACAAGUUGAUCCAGAGGGCCCAUCAGAGACACGUGCGAGAAUGCCUGGCUCAGGCCAUCUUCCACAAGGUGCUGGAGCUGGAGCGUCUCCACCAAAUAGAAUUCAAAAGAAAACUGGAGGAGUUUGCGAAGAGGGAAAGAGUCCAUAAGAUUAAGGUGGAGCGCUCCAAGAGAUGUGAGGAAGACAUUAUCCGCAUCCUGUCUCCACGUCCACCAACAGGUGCCAGGGGCAUCAGGAAGCAGCACUCUGGGCCAGAAGGGGAGCACUCUGAAUCCUCAGAGUCUCCAAGCUCAUCCAGACCCAACACAGCCCCAGGGAAGAUGCAGAGGCCGGUGCGUCUCAAGCCGAUCCACAGUAACAGCACCACGGCUUCAGUCAGACGCAGAUCCCCUCACAGGCUCCUCGAAUCGUCCCAUGAGAACAACCAGCUAUUCAACGGCACUACAGACAAGGAGUACCGGAGGUGUUUCACCACAGUGGAGGCCCCCCAGGGCGUCUCCCCCUACUGCCUCCCAGUCAUCAACAGCUUCGUCACCCCAGUGCCCCCGGCCACGAAGAGGAAAGAAAGGGGGGUGAAGGUCACUCCCAGCAGCACCGUCAGAGGCCGCCGGCUGCACCCUUCCACUGCCUCCAGCGGAGCUGACGUCAUGGAGGACGCACCAGUGCUGAGGAGCUCUGUUCACCACAGCAGAGUGUGUGUCAGAAUGGUGUACUUCGGCAAGACAGUGCAUCUCUCCCACGACCUGAGCGACAUGAGGGACGAGGUCAAAGUGUUCCAGCAGCACUGUGGAGGAGAAAACCUGUGUGUGUUCAAGGGAAAACUCAGGGAGGGAGAGACCUUCCAGUUUACUUCAAGGCGACACAGGGGCUUCCCUUUCAGCUUGACCUUCUUCCUGAACGGGCUGCAGGUGGAGAGGCUGAGCUCCUGCUGUGAGUUCAAACACAGGAGAGGCUCCCGGCUUGGUGGCAGGCAUGGACACUUUGGCUUCUUCAGUGUGGAGGGAGCCUCUCCCUGUUAUAAAUGCAUCAUAGCAAUGGGGCUGGACAAAAAGCCCACCCCUCCACCGAAGAAGGUCAGAGAGGACAGAGGAAGAGAGGAAUCAGACACCAGCCCUAAGGAUACGCCCGAGACGUUGACGGAGAGGACAGCGGAGGACGCUGCCUCCCACUCGGAGUGUGAAACCAGCCACCCGCAGGACACAGAGACUCAAGUCGAAGAUGAACCAGCACAUGAGGAGGACAAAGCCAGAGACGAUUAUGAAGAAGACUUUGAAGCAGACGACGAGGGACCUGCAGAAGAACCAGAGGCAAAGGCUAAGAAAUCACCAUCUCCAACGAGUGAAACUGAAAAGGAGGUUGAAGAGAAGGAUCCCUCUGAGACUGAAGAUGAUGAGAAGGACGAAGACAUAAAGUCUGGCUCAGGCUCCAGCUCCUCAGACAGCGAUCGGGAGGAGAGCGAUGCCGAAGACACCAAAGACUCCAAAGAGGACGAGAAAACAGAGCAGCCAGAAGAGGCCGAUCCAGAGGAGGCAGGCGCUCCACCGGAUCAAAGAGAUGAACCAAAUCCAGAGGAAGCCGUGGCCACUGAGGCCACCGUGUCUGCUGUGGCAAAAGACUCCGACAUGCAGGACAGUGCAGGGGACAGCACAGAGAUAGAGAUCUCUGACACCAGCAUCCCCACAGUGAGCGAGAAUAAACAGAGUGAUGACUCCUCAGCAGACAAAGAGAAAAUGGUAGAGGAGAGCAAACAGCCGGAAGAACAGGAGAGGGCCAAAUCUGUGCAGGAAAAGCUGGCGGAGGCAAUUCUGAAGGAGUCUCAUUGUAGCUCUGAGCCUGAACUGAGUGACACCAGCACAGAGGAAGAAGAGGAGUGUGCGAACAAAAAAGACAACAACGAUGCGUCUCCAGAGAAGCCUGUUACUUUCACAGAACAACAACAGACCCUCCUGGAAGAGACAGAACGCGAGGGACGCGUUACUGAAGUGGAGCAGGGACCGGAUGAGUCAUCUGAAAUAAAAGAACAAAUGGAGGAAAGUGAGACUCCUGAGAACAUUUGCAGCAAAGAUGAGAAGGUCAGUGAGGUUGAGGAGGAUGAAAAGGCUGCAGAGGACGAAGUCACCGGAGAGAAGGAUCAAUCAGAAGAGCAAAGUGAAGCGCAGCAUCCAAUAAAUGAGGAACAGGACGCACAGGAAGUCAAGACUGCAGAUCCUCUUCUCGAGGAAGUUAAAUCCACUGAUGCUGAGGCUGCUGAGAAGGACGACGGAAAGGAGGAGGAAACUGCUACGGAGACGGACGGUCACCUCGAGACGAAGCAAGUGGCAGAAAGCAGAGAAGAUGAGUCAUCAGAGCAGAACAGAAAGACUGAAGAGACGGCAGUUAAUGUGGAGGCGGAGGCAAAGACAGCCGGUGAGACAGCGGAGAUGAAAUCAGAGUCCUCGGAGGAGCGAGAGGCCCUGAGCUGUGAAGAGGCACCUGCAAACAACACAGAGAAGGAGGGAGGCAGUGAGGACGGAGCCGAGAAAGUCUCAGCAGAGGAUCCGAACGGCUCACCAAAGGAGAGCAGAGACACCGCAGUUGUAAACACACCAGAUAUAAGUGAAGAAACUGUAAAGAAUGAAAGCGGUCAAGAUGAAAUUAAAGAAGAGGAAGCAGAAAAAACACUGGCAACAGAGGCUGACAGUCAGCAAGAAGGGUGUGAGCUGGGAGAAGAGAGGAAGGAAACCUCUGUGGGAAUAGAUGAAAUGGUAGAGAAUCAGAAAUCUGAGGAAGAGGGAAAACAAACUCCAGAUAAAACAGAAGACGAAACUACUGAGGAAAGAGUGAACGAUGAAAAAGAUAAAACAGACGAAGAGGGCAAUGAUGAAAGUAAGGCAAACAAAGAGAUAGAGCAAAAGGAAAACGUGGCAGAGGGGAUUGAAAAUGACACCAAAGGAGAGGAAAAUGAAGGAGAGGGUGAGAAAGAGACUGAUGAGGACCAAGUUGAUGAAGAUAAAGAGAAAGUUGAAGAACCACAGGAAACAGAGAGAGAUGAGGGGAGUGAAGGUGUCGAGAAUAAAAAUGACAAGGAAGAACCUGAAGCAGAGGGAGAAGAUAAAACUAAUGAGGGUGAAGGAAGAGCUGAGACAGAUGUGGCUGUUGAACAAAAAGACGACGACGUAGAGAAGUCAGAGAACAAAGCUGAGGGAAGGGAAGCCACUGAGAAUAAAAACGAUGAGGAGAAAGAAGACGUAGCUAAUAGAACCGCAGGAGAAGGAGAAGAGAUGUGUGAGGUUACAGAAGAACCCGAGAAAAGUGCAGAUGCAGUGUUGGAUAAAGAGAGUGUGAAGGUGUCCUCUGAGAAUAUUGUCGAGCUGGAGGUUGUUGGUGACAGUGAAGCAGCGGAUGAGGCUAAAACAACUGAAGAGGUGCCAAACAUCACGGCCGAGGCUGAGGGAGAGACUGAAAGGGCGAGCAACACGAGUGUGAAGGGAGAAAUCGAUGCUGAAAAUGGAGAGAUAUCUACAGGAGCUGAGGACAGAGCUCAUGAAGAUCAAGGAGAGGAUCUGACUAAAGUCGAGGAUGACUUGAAAACAGCUGAGUGUGGUGAAGAAGAAGGAAAUACAGAAGAGCAUAUGGAGGAUGAGAGCAAAGACGUGAAAGAGUCUGGAGACAGUGCUGAAAAACAAGAGGACGACAAGGUCGACCAGGCUGCUGCUGUUGACGUAGCUGAAAGUGUGGCUAAGGGGGAUGAGGACAGUGUGCAAAAUCAUGAUGAAUUAAAUAAAAACAACUCUGAGCCAGAAACAUCUGUUACAGAAAUGGAAGAGAGAGCUGGAUUAGAUGGGAGAAAAGGCAAUGAGGAGAGAGAAGAAGAAGAGAAAGAAGAAGAUGAAAAUGGCAACAAGUCCAACCCCGACAAUGAGAACAGGGAGUCACAUUUGAUCAAAAAUAACAGCGACAUUCAGAAUAUCAUCGGUGAUGUUGCGUCUUCGGGGGAUCAGGAGCAAUCUGCAGCUAUGGUGGCUGUUGAUUCGGGUGAGAGGAGGACAGAGAAACUUCACUGCGCUGGAGAAAAUGCAGCUUGUGUUGACCUAUCUGCUGCUGAGGGAGAGAAUGGAGCAGACACAGAGGAGGCAAGCAAGGCCUCAGAGGAAGGAGCGAGUGUCCUGCUCAAACCUCAGGCACCGAUCAACGAGGCUGAUAACCCAGAGCAGGGCCUCACAGCAGGUAAGGAAACCCCAGAGGCCCUGGGAAGAGAAGACAACACAGAUCUGGUCUCCAAAUGGGUCAACGUGCACCAAACGUCCAAAUAUUUUGAGACGUUUGUUGAGCCUCUAGAAUAUCUGAGUGAGGGGAUUUCCAGCUCCAACAAGGAAGAGUCUCGACCUACAGAGCUGCCGGGAGAGGAGAGCCCACCCAAGAUGGUGAGGACGCCUGAAGAUGAGGAAAAAGACGACCAAGUAAAAUAUGAAAACGAGUCGAGAGAAAAAGUCAAAACAGAAGCUGCAGACCUCGAGCACACUCACUCUGAAGAGUUUGAGGAGGACCCUGCCAAAAACAGACGGCAUGUAGAGGAGACUGAGGUGAAAGGGUUAAUACCGGAAGCAGAGAGUGAACAAAGCGAUUCUGCAAAUCUGCAGGACAUAAGGUCUGAAGAGAAAAGAGGAAGUAGGCAAUCUCUUCAAGAAGACAAGGUCCAAGAGGGACCAACACAAGGAAUCAAUGAGGAUAAAGCUUUCUCCAAAACUGAAGUGGAAAGCAUUUCAGGAACUCAUCACUCGGCAGCCAGUGUCAAACUUGAGAGUGCUUCUGAGAACCAAACUGAGGAGAAAACUACCGACCUGUGUGUGAAACCAACUUCAAGUGAAGACAUGAAAGACCUGCCUUCUUUAAAACCAGAGGAGCGUCACGGGUCAAAGAGUCCAGAUGAAGAAACCUGGAGAGAAACAGAUGAGCAAAGUCGAGAAGUUACAGAAAUAACAGAUUUUACAACAUCGAGGUCGGACGACGGAAGCCAGGAGAUCCGACCAAAAGCGUCAGAGGGGAGCUUCAGCGGUGACAGAAGGGACACGCAGCUCAUCCGAGACCUCAAACACACUCUGAGUAAAGACCGGCUCAGCACGUUCUCCGUGGACGAGACCUUGUUUGGCCACAGUUCGUAUCCUUUGCUGACGGCAGCGAGGACUGAGAGUAGACAUUAGAGCUUCUCAGUCUAGAACAUCAGAAGGUAAAGUGGUGUUUUUGUUUUAGUUCACCAAGAUCAGUAAAAGUGAAUAUUUAAAAGCUUGCAGACUCAAAAUGUGUAGACAAUCAGACGUUCACCAGUGUGACUUUGAGACAGAAGGACUUUGAGUGUUUCAUGUAGUGUCUUAAAUAGUCUUCAUCCAUCAGUCACCAAAAUUAAGCUCCUUAAUGAGUUUUGACUGGUGGAUAAAAUGUUUACAAUAGACCCUCUCUUCCUAUUAUCGCUAACAAAGAGGCGUAGUUCGUGUGAGGUAUCAAGUGUGACUGCUAUUACCUGUAAACAGAUACUCUUCUACUCACAAAUGAUUGAAUAAUUCAUAGAUGUUGGACUUUAGUUUUGCUCGGAUUCUCUUUACAUUCCCGAUACCAGCUCUGAUCAGAGAUCUGUAACUGAAUGUGUGUCUGUGUUAACGACAAUUUCAGUCUGACGUUGUUAUUUUGAUGUCAAGAACAAAAACAGGUGAGCGAUGUUUUAGGCUGAUGAUAAUUAGAUUGGCAACGUAGUGACAUGUCAAAUCUAGGCCCUCAUUAUGGGAUUAUUGCUGCUAACACUACCUCUAUUUAAAAUAGCUAUGCUGUACAUUGUAUAUUUAUUGCUUUGUUAUCUCAUUUUUAUGGCUAAUUUUAGUUUGUAAGGCUUCAUGUCUCAUUUGAUAUCUGUCAAGGACUAGCAUCGUGUGUGAUUUGUCCAGUUAAGAAAUAAAAACCACGACUACAGACAAUGACUCUCUUCUCUUUUUCAUCUUGACAAAGAAAUAUGUGAAAACGUCAUUUUGUAUUACACAUAUAAUGCACGCCAGUACACUUAAAGCUAAAUUUGUCACACUAGACGUGUACAAAUGUAAAAGGAUCAAG